AUGCCUCGGGAUUUUCUCACCUCUCGUGUGAUCCUCGGCGGUAUAAUUUAUGCCUACGUCAGUGAAAGCGAGGUAGCUGCGCUGGCUACAGUAAAUGCACAGAAUAUGAACCAGUUCGUGCUUGAUCUAGAAACCCUGGUCUACAAAGAUAGCACUGGGGCGAGGAAUCAGCCUAUUAAUCAACGUCGUGACCAAGCAAAGAUUGAUUUCAUCAAAGAGUGCUUCUUCAAACACUAUAAAGUACCUGAGGCUUUCCGCAAGCAAACUGUGGAAUGA